AUGGCCUUUCAGAAGUUACUCAAAGAGAUGUCUCCUGAAAAGUUCGCUGAGACCGUCUGCUCCCUACAAGACGAGCCUCGCGUUUCUAUAGUCACUAAGGAUGAAACGUAUAUCUUACCGAAAGGACUUAUUUGCGGUAGCUCCGCGUAUUUUGACCGAGUCUUCAAAGGGUCUUUCAAAGAAGCCUUAGAGUCAAAGCUGGAGUUGGACGAUGUUACGAAAGAACAAUUUGAUCUUGUUAUACAGUGGAUCUACGCUGGCUCCCUCAAAUACGAUUCUCCGCCUGAAAUCGCUCCUUCCGCCCUACUAUCCAAAUAUAUCACCUUCACUAGGCUUGUCGAUCGAUUCGACCUUUGUGGGGACAUAAAGCCCGUCUACGAGGAGGUAUUAAGAAUUUUCUCGGACAAUGGGCAUGAUGUUCUUACCGCAGAACAUAUCCGCGAUGCACUCAAGCUUCCCGUGGGACAUGACGUGCGCAAUGCUAUAGUCAAGAAUUGCGCUAUUAUCUUUCUCGACGACUAUCAGUUCAGGUUCGAGAAAGAGCUUGUCGAGAUACAAGGCUUUUCAAACGUGCUCUUCUUGGUACUGAAAGCUUGUAUCCAGCACAGUAGUGGAGGCAUUAGGGGUAGCCUCAGUGGUACUAUAUCAAUAAACGACUAG